CCAUCUUCUCCUCUAUCCUCUUCGUCUAUUCUCCGACUCCAUUAUCCGCAAAUUCCGGACCUGCCCUCUCCACCACCACGUGCUUGACAGCGGUCCAUGGCAAAGCUGCCCCUGUUCAGGAAAGCUCCUGGACGUCCGCAGGUCGGCCGGAGCAGAUCGAAGGUGCUCUGGCAUCGUAUCCUCCGUUCCUUCUGCUAUCUCAUCGCUUGGAUCUUCCUGAUCUUGGUCUGCAUUGGCAAUGUCGCCGAUAAGCCCGUUCUCCGACAGACCUACUUCCUCGAGAUCAACCUAGCGAAUAUCAUCCCAUUGUCCACCCCCAAUGCGGUCCUGAUCGAUACCAUUGCUCGCACGAUCGGUCUGCACGACUUUUAUCAGGUGGGACUAUGGAAUUUUUGCGAAGGUUAUGAGGACCAGGGCAUCACCCACUGCUCUUCGCCCAAACCCCUCUACUGGUUCAAUCCUGUCGAGAUCAUCCUCAGUGAACUGCUAUCCGGCGCAACGAUUGCUCUUCCUGCCAACAUCACGUCGGCUCUGCACAUCGCCCGCAUAGCCUCACACUGGAUGUUUGGUCUCUUUAUCACCGCUACCGUCUUAACCUUCAUCCUCAUCUUUUUGUCUCCACUUGCCGUCUCCUCACGGCCUCCUCAAGCUCUUUCUUCCGACCCAGUCGUCAAUCAAACCCACCCGCAACAUCGCCGUCGAACCUUUGUGCUUCUCCGUUCUCUUCCCUUCCUCAUCCUAACCUUCGUGACCGCUCUCUUCACCGUUGUUGCCUCCGUCGUCGCAACCGUCAUGUUCAUCAUCUUCCGCAACGUCUUCACCUCCGCCAGCGAAGAUCUCAACAUCGACGCCUGGAUCGGCACGCGCAUGAUGGCUUUCAUGUGGGUCGCCUCCGCCUUCAACCUGAUUGCCUUUAUCCUCCAGCUUGGCUCCUGCUGUGCCUCUUGCUGUGGUGGCCGCAAAACCCGCAAGCAGCUCAAGCAGAAUAGUGCCGGCACUGCGAGCCCUAGCAGCACAGCUUCCCCUGAUGUGCGUGAGAAAGAGCAUCCACACAGCCCCGCAACUACGGAGUGAGCUCUUUUUUUCCUAUUCCAGACCACAUAU